ACCUGGAUUUCCAAUCCAGGCCGGUUAAAGGCUAUCAGGCCCAGGGAGGAUGGUGUUCGGGGGUUUCCCGGUGAGCUACGUGCUGCUCUGCGGCCAAGCGGCGUUGCUGCUUGGAAACUUGUUGCUGCUGCACUGUGUGUCGCGGAGCCUGUCGUACAACACCACAGCCGAACCCGAAGCCAUGGCCCCCGGAUCCGCGAGCACGACCCACCUCGAGGGCCUCGAGUCGCAGAUGCUGGUCUACACCGAUCCCCGCUCCCCGGUCAUCCUGUGCGCCUUUCUGCCUGAUGAAUUUAUAAAGUGUGAUGACCCUGUGGAUCAUGUUGGAAAUUCAACUGCCUCCCAGGAACUGGGUUAUGGAUGUGUCAAGUUUGGUGGCCAAGCCUACAAUGAUGUGGAACAUACUUCAGUGCAAUGCUACGCCCUGAAUGGAAUUGAAUGUGCCGGCUCUAGAAGCUUCUUACGAGAGAAUAAACCAUGUAUAAAGUAUACUGGACACUACUUCAUAACCACUUUGCUCUACUCUUUCUUCCUGGGAUGUUUUGGAGUUGAUCGCUUCUGUCUGGGACAUACGGGUACAGCAGUAGGGAAAUUGCUGACCCUUGGAGGACUUGGGAUCUGGUGGUUUGUGGAUCUUAUUUUGCUUAUUACUGGAAGGCUGAUGCCUAGUGAUGGCAGCAACUGGUGUACUGUUUACUGAAGAGAACUAGACUUAUUGAGAGUUGGUAUGGCCUUGGAAAGUGAAUGACCUUUCUCUCUUGGCCUUGUCUCUACAAAUAGCAAUUUCUUCCACCAUCUCAGACUAAAUUGUUAUUUUACCCUUUUUAGAAGAGAAUCUGCUGGGGCAGUGUUUGGACUCUAGAUAUAAACAAUAUUCUGAAAAAUCAACUUUUUAUCAGCAGAAAAGAAGGUAUAAGUAUGCUUGUUCAGACAUAUGCAGCAAGAGGAUUUCUAUACCUUUUUGCAUGCCUUCCCUCAACAGUACUAUGCCUUCAGUCUUUUGGAACAUAUAUUGAAACAUCAUGAAAGAAGUGAGCAUUUUUAGGAUGUGCCUGGCCUAUCAUGCUCCUGCCCUAGAAGUACCUAAGAUGAAACCAACCAUUGAAAAUCUGACUUCAGCAAAAGGUGGAAACCAAAGUAACUUUUAAUGAAUACUGAAACUUUAACUUAAUUCUGAUGUUCCAUAAAACAUUUGGCCAAACAGAGAAACUGUACAGGUAUAUUGUCAUUUGAACAAGGAAAAUGAAGCCUCUAGUUAUGUUGUAAGAACCAAGCUUUCAAAAUGCUGAACAGCUGUUCAGAGCCCUCAGAGUGUCAGCAUUGGGCCUCAGGGGUAUCACCUACUGUGUACAGAUGUUUUCAUUAAAAUUUUGUUUUUAAAGAGA